CUAAUCUAAUCAAGUCUAGAUUAUUGGGCUUAAGGGUGGCCUUCAGCAGAAGAUGGGGGGCUUGCGCGCUGCCGCCCAGUGCUCCCCACCAGCCACAUGGUACUGCCAGUCGACCAGAACCCAGUCCAGUGCUCAGACCAGUCAAUCAGCCUAGAAAUUCCAAGAAUGUGCGUCGAGGUGUCGAAUGCACGUGCGAUCGUCGCCAUCGCUUUCCUGCUGAGCCUGGUCAGCGCGCAGUCCUUCAACCUGAACAGCACCCAGCUCGAUGUGGCCGCGCUGGAGAAGGCGCUGCAGGACAAGUGCCAGAAAGCCGAUGCUGACCCCGACCUUCAGGGGCCAAAGGCCGCAGUCCAGGCCUGCCUGGACCUCUACGUGAACGUCACCCAAGUGCAGCAGGAGCUGCAGGUGGCCUCGCAGUCCGGCUCAAUGGACGAGGUGUUUGGGAAGUACUGCCGCCAGUUCCCGCAGGUUUACCAGUGCCUGCAAAACGGCACGCUCAGUCUGCGCCGCUGCCUCUCCACGAAAGAGGCCGCGCAUUUGGACCGCGGCCUCGCCGUCCUGCAGGAAAUGCAGGAGUUCAUGUGCGUGAAGGACGGCGACCGCUUGGCCUUGUUUGUUGCAGAGGGCGGCGUCCAGUGCCUCACCGAGCAGCAAGAGCCGCUGCAGGCCUGCUUCAACUCCACCGGCCUGGCUGAGGACGGCGCCGAUCCCUCCUUGGCCCUCUUGGAGGCUGUUGCCUCCCCCAAGGCCUGCAGCGACUUCGACUCGUUAAGGGGCUGCGUGAACGAGGCGCUGGAGCACUGCAAGGACACCACGCCGGCCAACAUAAUCGACGCCACCUUCAAAUUCCUCAAAAAACAGAUCGACUGCAACGCCACUGAGCCCGUAGCGGUGCAGACAGUGCAGGCGGCGGCUGCGGGCGCCGCCCCAUAUUUAUCGGCCGCCCCCUGGGGGCUACUCGCCUGGAUACUGCUCAUGUAGAAAAAUCACAUUUCAUUUAUUGUUAUUACUAAGUAAGUAAAAUCGCCUUAAUUCUA